AUGUGGCCUCCCCAGGGGCCGCAUUGCGUUAUUCGCCAAGGAACGGUAGUGCUCCUUGGGCUGCUUACUAUCUACAUAUCUCUUCCCCUUUCGGAAGGAGCUCCUGAACAAUUUAAGUUCUUCUCACCCCCAGACUGGGGUCUGACGCAUUUAGCCAUCCAUAACAAGACAGGAGAUGUGUAUGUUGGCGCGGUAAACUGGAUCUACAAGCUCUCUAGCAACUUAACCAAAUUGAGGAGUCAUAUGACGGGUCCAGUGUUGGACAACGAGAAGUGCUAUCCACCUCCAAGUGUACAGUUAUGCCCCUAUGACCUUGCCCCAAACAACAAUGUGAACAAGCUUCUGCUAGUAGACUAUUCCCAAAACCGCCUCAUUGCUUGUGGAAGCACCUCGCAAGGCAUUUGUCAGUUUUUACGCCUGGUUGAUCUUUUCAAGCUUGGCGAACCACACCACCGUAAGGAGCACUACCUCUCCAGUGUCGUUGAGUCUGGAACAAUGUCCGGGGUCAUCAUCUCGGGGGGUCACUCUAGCAAGCUUUUCAUCGGAACGCCCAUCGAUGGAAAAUCAGAGUACUUCCCAACCCUUUCCAGCCGUAAAUUGAUGGCUAGUGAGGAGGAUGCUGACAUGUUCAGCUUCGUCCACCAGGAUGAGUUUGUCUCUUCCCAGCUGAAGAUUCCCUUGCAUACAUUGUCCAAGUUCCCAGCGUUUGACAUCUAUUACAUGUACAGCUUUAACAGUGAACAGUUUGUCUACUACUUGACCCUGCAGCUGGAUACUCAACUAACUUCUCCUGACGCUAGCGGAGAACAGUUCUUCACCUCUAAGAUCGUCCGACUCUGUAUUGAUGACCCCAUGUUCUACUCCUAUGUGGAAUUCCCUAUCGGAUGCACCAAAGAUGGGGUGGAAUAUCGAUUGAUCCAGGAUGCCUUCUUGAGCAAACCUGGGAGGCAGCUUGCAAACUCUCUGGGAGUGUCCGAGCAGGAGGACAUAUUGUUUACGGUCUUCUCUCAAGGUCAGAAGAACCGGGCCAAGCCUCCUAAAGAGACAGCACUUUGUUUGUUUACUCUAACAAGAAUCAAGGAAAAGAUCAAGGAAAGGAUUCAGUCAUGUUAUAGAGGAGAGGGCAAGCUGUCCUUGCCUUGGCUACUCAACAAGGAGCUACCAUGCAUCAACUCGCCUGUCGAAAUCAAAGAUACUUUCUGCGGGCUUGAUUUUAACCAGCCUCUAGGGAGUAAAAGCACCAUAGAGGGAAUCCCGCUCUUCUUAGACAAUGAUGGAAUGACUUCCGUAGCUGCAUAUGAUUACCAUGGCAACACGGUGGUUUUUACAGGAACACGCAAUGGGCGAUUGAAUAAGUGUUCAAGCACUCUGCUGAUGAAGAGAUUUGCGUCACACGUCCUGUUUGCGGAUGCUCAGCGUUUGCAUCUGAUCAAAAUUCUGAUUAAUUCGGUGAGUCCAACCAGACCUGCGCUGCUGUACGAGAGUGUUCCCGUGAGUGAAGGAGGCCCGGUUCUAGGAGACAUGCUGUUCAGCCCCGACCUACAGUUCAUAUACACACUGACCGACAAACAGGUUCUGUACAGGCUACGACACACACACAGGAUCACUUCAUGA